AAUCUUACGCGAGCUGUCAAACGUGACGGUCGAGUUUUUCGUCGUGCUGCUUCUUUGUCGUGUCGCGCGGGUCGUCGUUUUGCAAGUCCCUCAAGCAGAUCUUACGGGAAGACGUUCACGUGCCGGGGACAAGGCGAGGCCGGAACGCGUCAUCGCGAAGCAAACCGGAAGUGGCAGUUUUGGGGUCGGAUUUGGAAGCCUUUUCGGGUGCGUGUAGUGUUGUUGAGGUUCCGCUGGAGGAUUCGUUUUUUUUCCAAAAAGUGGCCACAUUAGUGAGAGUUACGUGGUCGCAAAACAAAAGUUAAACGAAGCUUCAAAAACGAUGUGGUCGAGAUCUGGCCGAGAGUAGCCAACCAGCAAGGGGCAGGAAUCGCAUUUUUUUCUUCUUCCGUCAUCAGUGGCCAUCAUCAACCGUCAUCGACGACGACCGCACUUGUGAGCCAGGCUCGGCGGUUGCCACGGGCAGGCGGAGAGGAGAAGGCCUUGGUUUCCGUCAUCGUCAUUGAAAAGAGCGCGCGCGGCGGAGGUUGUGCCUCGUCGUCGUCGUAACACACGGCCAACUGCGACGAGACACACAGCGGCUAAACGAGUCAAGACUUGGCCUGCUGCGCCCAGCGGCAGCAGUUGUGUGUUUUGUCCGCUCGUGAAGGUUUUUACGGUGUGAGUCUGGUGAUCUGGCCAUCGAGUUAGGCCGUCGUGUGUAGUAGCUUCGAGAAGAGAAGGGGACUACUCCGUGGACAACACGCGCGUGGUUGUUGGUUGAGUGUUGCUUCUCGUUGCGAGGAUAGGGAGAACCUUCGAAGAGUGUAUAGAAUAUCGCGUGUGAGGAAGAAUCCUUUUUGAAUCGCAGUGACGAGGAAGAUCGGUUCCUGCAUUGAGAUCUACCAAGAACUUGACAAAGCUUCACGUGAAGCAAGAUCUAUAUUAAACCUCCAAAAACCAGUGAUUCACCCCACUUAACGCACAAAAUGUCCAUCUCGUCGGUCAAACUCGAGGACACCGGUUCGGACGCGGAACGUGCCGCGGCCGCCACACUGAACGGCCCCUCGAUCCCAGCGCUCAGCGAAAGCAGCGAGGUCGCGGUGCUACGGGAAGAAAACUGCCGCCUCAUGACCACCCUGCUGGAGUACAAGAAAACGCUGGAAAACACCAAACUGCGGUACGGUUCGGUGAAGAAGGACUAUUAUGCUGCCAAGAAGCGCCUCAAACGGCUCGCCGAUAAGGUGGGCCAAUCUGUGGGCGGUGACAGCGAGAGUCGGGAGAGCACUCCGACCAGUUGUGUUCAGCCGGCGGUGGCGGCCCCGGUUGACGAUGAAAUCCGGAAAAAGUGGAAGGAACCGAACGUGAAGGCGGCGCUGAAGUUGAAGGCCGCCAUCGGGGUGGCCGCGUACCAGUCGUUGAUCCGGGACGGUGAGUUGGCGCUGCCCAGUUUGCGAACGAUGUCGCGUUACGUGGACGCCCUGAAACGGGCCGGGUUGAAGCCGAACUAUGACUUUAACGUGCGAGACGAUGGGACGGAUUUGGCCGGGGGAAGGAUGUUUGAGGACGAGGACGACGAGGAUAGCCGGGAGGUGGAUCACAACCGGAACCAGCAGCAGGUUGGUGCAAACAAGCAGCACCUGCCGCAGCAGCAGCAGCAGUCGCGGGACGUGUCGGAUGCGGAGGAUCCCGUCAACUUCACUGCCGUUCCGGACAUCAGCUAUUACCGUGGCAAGAUGGAGGUGGACGACACGGACGAAAUGGACGACGACGAUCAGCCGGAGAUGUACCACCACCAGAACGGUGACACCAACGGCGGAGGAGUGCAAGUGUAUCGACCCCAUCCGAACCAGCACACGGUCCACAACCAGCAGCAGCAGCAGCAAACGCUCACCAGCGGGCACAUCGAAUUCCUCAAGCAGAUGACGGGCUUCCGCAAAAAGUGGACCCCCUUCGAACUGCGCACGUGCAUGGACAUCCGGCGAAUCAUCGGAAGCAAGGAGUACGAUUCGCUGCGCAAGAACGACGGAAUGCCGCUGCCGAGUGCGAAAACGCUGCGAAAGUACAAACACACGGUCCAUCUGGACGGGGUGGACGUCAUGAGCCGGAAGCGCAACUUUAAGGAGAUGGUGGACGGAGUGGUUCCGGGGAUGCCAAACGGAAACGGCAUGAACGGGCUCGCGGGCUACGGCAACGACGCGGACGACAUCCUGAACGCCGAAGAGCCGGAAGGAUUCUUCGACAUCAACGGAUUGACCGAGGAACAAAUCGACUUCCUGCAAUCGCUGUCGAGCAAUACCAAAGGGUUCUCCGAUUUCGAGCUGCAAAAGACGCUCGAGCUCAAAAACGAGCUGGGCGGUCACAACUACGAAAUUCUCCGCAAGCAGGAGUGCCUUCAAGUGCCAACCCUCGCAAUGCUGAAAAAGUACGAACAGGAAAACGGCCUCGAAGACCUCUCCGCCAUGGUGGUCGUCGAAGACGUCGACGAAGAAGACGACGCAGAACCCGAACAAGAACCCGAGCUCGACCAAGAGUACGACAACGAGUUUGCCCUCCCCCCGGACCACUUUGGCCCGCUGGACAUGAUGAACGGCGGCGGCGGCGGCACCGGCGAGGACUCACACAUGGGCAUCUUCGAGCACCAUUCCAUCUUCGAUCGGGACGACGCCUCGUCCACCACGUUCGACAUGGGCAAACUGUCCCAGCAGCACGUCGAGUUUCUCAACACGCUGCCGGAGAACCCGAAGCGGUGGACGACCGAGAUGAUCAACUCGGCGCUGGACAUCAAGAACGAGAUCGGCACCCGCGACUACGAGCUGCUCCGGCGGCAGGGCAUUCCACUGCCGGCGGCCCGCACCUUGCGAAGGCACAAGGACAUCAAGACGCGCGUGGAAGGGGAUGUGGUUUGAGCGUAGACUUUUAAGAGUUAGUGCGAGGUACCUGUAUAUUGUAGCUUAGAGAUGAUGUGUGUACAUAUGAAAUAACGUCAAA